GUAAUUGUUGGACGAGACAGAAGAACUGGCAAAUAUUACGCAAUUAAGAAACUUGACAAGGCACACAUUGUAAAGAAUGACAAGGUUAAAUAUGUCAUGAUUGAACGUGAUGCUCUGAGUCGAAUGAACCAUCCUGGAAUCAUCAAAUUAUAUUGGACUUUUAAAGACCAUCGUAGUCUGUACUUUGUAUUGGAUUUGGCCAAGAACGGAGAACUCUACAGCUACAUUAGAAGACUGGCUCCGUUUGAUGUAGAUACGGCUAGGUUUUAUGCAGCCGAGAUUCUCUCUGCUCUAGAGCAUAUCCACAAUAAAGAUGUUAUUCAUCGUGAUAUUAAACCUGAAAAUAUCUUGCUCGACGACAACAUGCACAUCAAGAUUACAGAUUUUGGAUCAGCAAAGAUCGGCCGUUCUCGUUCGUUUGUUGGUACAGCUGAAUAUGUGUCUCCGGAAUUACUACGCAGCGAGCGUACCUCUAAAGAAGCUGAUUUGUGGGCAUUUGGCUGUGUACUCUUUCAAAUGUUAUCUGGAAAAUCACCCUUCAAGGCUCCGACUGACUAUCUGAUCUUCCAGAACAUCAAGAAUCUCGAAUACACAAUUCCAGACUACUUUCCAGACGAUGCACGCGAUCUCAUCCAACGACUGCUAGUACUCGAACCUUCUGAACGUAUUGGAUCCGAAAAAACGGGUGGGCUAGAAGAGAUUCGACAACACCCAUUCUUUUGUGGUAUCGACUGGGACACGUUA